UCUCACUUAUGCAACUCUUUCCCCACGGAUUUCCUGCGUUUUUUCUUCUUGUUUUGAUUCUAUAUGAUUUAUUUUUUAUUCAGUUGUGAUGCCUCUGUGUCGACUUUUCAUGUUCCCUUUUGGUUGGCUUAUACUAGCACGACAUAUGCAUAAUUUAUAGACGUCAUGAGUCAUGAAAUAUAAUACUUUGUGUUAUAUAUACAUGAUUUAGAAGUAAUGGCUGCAGUGUAUUGUCUUUUUUCUGAUUCUUUUGGGUACUUCUAUUUAUGUACACGAAUAUAUUCACAUAGUUAUUGCUUGAUAGUUCAACGAGGUCUAAGUCUCUAUUUUGUUGAUCAUAUUUGAAAUUGCAGAUGGAUACGGAAAAUCCAGAUAUUGGGCAUGCUAUUGAGGUAUGCACUGAUGUGCCAACCACAGAAAGGGGCUUUGUUGGAAGCAAGGGAUGUGGGGAGGCACCAUGUGGUUUUGCUGACGCCAAAACCAUUUCUGCGGAUGCACAUGAGCGUUCAGCGUCUAUAAGGAAGCUUUUGAUUGCCGUUGUGUUGUGCAUCGUUUUUAUGAGUGUUGAAGUUUUUGGGGGUAUCAAAGCCAACAGUCUUGCAAUUUUGACUGAUGCAGCUCAUUUGCUAUCUGAUGUUGCAGCUUUUGCAAUAUCUUUGUUUUCUCUGUGGGCCGCAGGAUGGCAAGCUAAUCCACGCCAGUCUUAUGGUUUCUUUAGAAUCGAGAUUUUGGGGGCAUUCGUUUCAAUUCAAUUGAUUUGGCUUCUUGCUGGGAUCCUUGUCUAUGAAGCCAUUUAUCGACUUAUACAUGAUACAGGCGAAGUGAAGGGCUUUUUGAUGUUUUUGGUUUCUGCAUUUGGAUUACUGGUCAAUGUUAUUAUGGCUCUCUUGUUGGGACAUGAUCAUGGUCAUGGCCAUAAGGUUCACGACCACAACCAUGACCAUGAUCAUGACCGUGACCAUGACCAUGAACAUGUGCAAUGUCAUGGAGUGAGUGUCACCCGGCAUCACCAUCAUGAAGGACCCUCCAUAUACGAUGAAGACCACACCGAGCCUUUACUCACGAGUUCCUCUGAGGGUAAAGGUAAAUCAGAAGGCAAACAUAAGCAGAAGAAAAGGCGAAAUAUAAAUGUUCAGGGGGCUUACCUUCACGUGCUAGGAGAUUCCGUACAAAGCAUUGGGGUUAUGAUUGGUGGAGCAGUUAUCUGGUAUAAACCAGAGUGGAAAAUCAUUGAUCUGAUUUGUACCCUCAUUUUUUCUGCAAUUGUGCUGGGCACUACCAUUAAUAUGCUACGAAAUAUUCUUGAAGUUCUUAUGGAGAGUACUCCCAAAGAGAUUGAUGCAACAAGGCUUGAGAAGGGUCUUUGUGAGAUGGAAGAAGUUGUUGCAAUCCACGAACUGCAUAUAUGGGCAAUUACUGUGGGGAAAGUGUUAUUAGCUUGCCAUGUCAAAAUUAACCCUGAAGCUGAUGCCUACAUGGUGCUGGACAAAGUCAUUGACUAUAUUAGGAGGGAAUACAACAUCAGCCAUGUAACAGUCCAGAUAGAAAGACAACAGAUCUGACGAUCGAGAUUUCUCUCGAUGUUAAAUCUUCGUGGGUUGGGGGACUUAUUAAACUUUUCGAUUCAUUCCUUAGGAGAUCAACUUUCAAUUUUUACCAAGUUUGGCUUGUCUCUUUUUAUUUUAUGCUGUGUUGUUUUUAGUGGGAGUGAAGGAUACUGUCUAUGUUCAUUAUCUGAAAAGCAUACUGGACCUCUAUUAACCUGAUGUGUAUUAGAGAACCUGUGGAACAUGUAACAUUGUUUUCUAUUUAAGUUGUGUUGGGAUGGAAUACUGUAAAUUGAACAGUUGCUCAGAAAGGUUGUAAAAUAAUGAAAGUAUGAUUAAGGAUGGUUUUACUGUGUCGUCGAAUGUGAAAAUUGCCUAUUCAGAGAAGUUGCACUCAAUUGAUA